AUCGGGAGGGGGAAAGGCAAGAACGCUCAGUUGCCAUGGUUGCAAACUCUUUCAUCUCAGUUGUCAUGGGUACCCCACCCGACGCAGUUGCCAUAGUUACAGCUUCACUUGACGCAUGCGCCUUUGAAAAAAAAUCUCGACCAUACCAAGAUGGCAGCCAGCUGGUAACUAAGGGUGCCGCUUUGGCGCCAUAGUAACGUCGGCCGUGGCUGGUACUAUGAAGCCGAGUAAGGGGAAAACCAAAGAAGAUACCUGGAAAACAGAAGAAUUGCUGAAGCACAUUAAAGCUGCCCAAGGAGAUCAUCUGGAUGAUGGUGAUAAAAAGACCAGAGCAAAGAGAAGGCAUCAGGAGGAGGAGCUGGAGGAGCGUCGACAUCGGGAUAGGGACCGAGAUAGGCAAAAGGACCGCCAUAAUGGCAAAGUGCGAAGCAAAGAAAAAGAGAGUGAUGGGGACCAACAUAAAGACCUGGAACAUGAAAAAGUACGCAAAAGAGUUAAUGAUGAGGAACGAGAUAAAGACAGGAGAAGGAAAAAAGAAAAGGAAAGUGAGAAACAUAAAGACAGGGAUAGAGACGCUUGUCAAGAAGGAGAGAAACAUUCAGGGCGCAGAGUCCGUGAUGAGGGUAAGGAAUGGGAUCUUAAUAGAGAGAGAUCUACAAAGCGGGGACAUGAACCUGAGAGGCACAGAGAUAAAGAAAGAGAUCGGAGAAAAGAACAAGACCAGCACCGGGAAACUGGGAGAGAAAAUGAUGGAAAUGGAGGACAACGAUCUAAACAUAGGCAGAAAAAAGAUAAAGGGAAUUUGGAAUUGUCAAAACAUGACAGAUAUGAAGAAAGUGAGAGAAGACACAGGGAGCGAAAAGAAAAGGAAGGGAGAACAACUGAUGGUAACGAAGAUGGCAAAGAGAAGAAAAGAAGAUCUUCUGAUUUUAAAGAUGAUGAUUAUGAAUGGCGACACAGGGAGCGCAAAGAGCAUGGUCUUCAUGACAGACAUCGAGAAAAGAGACACAAGGAUAAACAAGAGCCCAGUUCAGAAGCCAAGGUUGAAGAAAUGGAAAGGAAACACAGAGAGAGAAAAGUCAAGGAAUCCAAAGACGAUAAGAGAAAGCAUCAUUAUAAAGAUAUUAAGGAUCUUGAUAGGGAGCACAAGGAGGAGAGAAAUUUGGAAAGAAGGGAAGAUCGAGAGCGAAAACAUAGAUUAAAGAAAGGAAAGGACGAACAAGAAAGUCAUGGAGAAUUUAAUAAGGAACAUUCUGGAAGGAGGAAAAGGGAACAAAGAUCUAUGCCUGAAUCUACAGUUGAAAGCAUAUUAAAGAGGAUUACAGGGGAUCAAGAAAAACUUGCAGUAACUCGCGCAGAAGAGACACAAUCUCAGGGUACAGGUAGACUUCAAUCAACAUGGCGGUCCAGUCAGGUCACAUUAAGCGAUGAUGAUAGGACAGUAGACCAUGAAGAAAAAGAAGGAGGAGAAUCGGAGGGACAUGAUGGGCAGUUGGUUGAAGGAGAGGAAAUUGUAACGGAAAGCAAAACCACUUUUGAAUCAUCAAACUAUGAAGAUGACUUUGAGGACUAUGAAGAUGACUUUGAGGAAGGGGAAUAUGAGGAGGAGAAGGAAGAGGAAGGUGAGGAAGAAGGACAAGAAAAGGAGGUAAUUCCAGCACAACGGCGAGCUGAAAUUGAAGCAAUUCAAAAAGCAAUUACUGCAGAAAAUGAAAGGAUCAGUUCGACAUGGAAUCAACAACCAUAUGAGGAAGAACCAAAAAAAGGUUUUGAAAAACCAAAGUCUAGAGUGCCUGUUCGUGGAACAUGCAUUGAUUUUGUGGCAGCAAAGCAGCGAGAGAUCAGUUCUAAGGUGGCCUAUAAACAAAAAAUGCGCAGUGCGGAGCUUCUCAGGUUGAUUGACUUGGAUUUCUCGGUUCAUUUUUCAAUGUUUGAUCUACCUCCAUUGAAUGAGUAUGAUGUAUACAUCAAAAGCUUUGGGCGCACUAACACUAAGCAGGCCUUUGUUCAGAGCAACGAGGAUGAUGUGGACCGAGAUGUUCAAACAGACGAGAUUGAAACAGUUGAUAAAUGGACGCAGCAUCCUGGAGAGGGUGUCCUGGUGUGUGGAGGGGCAAAUGUUGGUGAUGCCUUCUCCUCUGAUUCAUCAAUUAAGAAUAUUGACUCUCGGAGACUGAUCAGUUUCCUAAGAUCAGCUUGUCAGGUAAUUGCGGUGUUGCUUGAAGAAGAUCAAGCAGAGGACCAAGCCAGUAAGAACAUGCAAUCAAAAGCAGCCAGUUUGUCAGUCAGUGACAGAUGCUCUCAGCUGAAUACAAACUUGCCUUUUUUACAUGGUCGAGAGGUGUUAUCCUUACAUUUCUCACGGGUCCAAAGACAAACACUGCUUUCAGUUCACAGCCUUCCUAAGGAGCCUGGAAUGGUUCAAGUCGCCAACUGUUGCAUAAUCUGUGUUUGGAAUAUUUGGGAACCAUCAUUUCCUCAGAAAGUCCUUAUCUGUGAAUCAGAGGUGCAAUCUUGUUGCUUUGGCCCAGGUAAUGUGUUAUCUGUGUUUGCUGGCACAGCGGAUGGUUCAGUAGUGGCUUGGGAUCUUCGUGAAUGUUCCACUAUCCACCACAAUCUUCAGAUUGAAGGACAGGAAUGGGCACUCAGAUUGCCAACUUUCACCACUGAUGGAAUUCUGACAGCUACAAAUCACGCAUGUGCAGUUAAGGCUAUUGAUCCAGUAUCAUCUGCUUCCUAUGAUGAUUAUGUUGGGCUUUCACUUUUGACAUCCCAGCAAGGAAGUUCUGGACUAACAUUUCAAUUGGCAUCACUUGAUGAAAGUGGUUUGAUUAAUCUGUGGGUUGUGGUUGAACUCCAAAAGGCAGAUGUUGCUGGCUCUCUGACUGAUUUAGGACUGAUCCCUGGUGGGAAGAUGAAGUUGAUCCACAGCUCUUCUAUUGACGCUAUCAGCUUUUUCCCAAGAAAUUUCAUAGAAUUAGGACGUCCUCGGACUCUGAAUAUCAAGUUUCUGCCAUCAGAUCCUAAUCAUUUCUUUAUUGGAACAGAUAUUGGUCUUGUGGGCCAUGGUACACGUCACGGCCUUCCAGCAUCUCCUAGACUAUACAAACCUCAGACUAAUGAUGCCAGAUUUGCUCAAGUCACCUGUAUUGACUUGUGUCACUUUGGAAAAACGCUGUUCUUGGCUGGGUGUUCAGAUGGAACGAUUAGACUGCACUCGGUGACAAAUGAAUGCCCUAUUCUGCAGUGGAAUGACAGUACUCGGGGCAGUCCAAUCCAGAAUGUGCUGUGGGCUUUAACACGACCUGGACUGUUUUUUGUCCUUGAUGCAGCGUCUCAUGUUUAUGUGUGGGACUUGUUGCAAGAUGUUUCUAAACCAGUUUCAGAGGAGAAUCUUCAGCAUGAUAGAAUUGCAGCUCUGGCCAUCCUAGGUGAUCCAGAGAAACCAACUGCAUCUUCGGGUCUCAUGUUGGCAAAGCAGUCUGGAGCAAUUGAGAUGCAGUACCUACAGAAGAAAUGGUCAGAACCUCAUCUCAAUGAAUUAGAAACUUUGAACUAUCUUUUGUGGAAAACUGUAUAAUUGUAUACAAACCAUAGAAGGAAAUAUAUCAUGUCAUUAAAUGGUAAGCAUUUCCACCGUUGGUUUGUAAAUGUAAAAAAUUAUAGAUAUUUGUAAAAGUUAUUUAUAAACAUUUUUAUUAUAGUAAAUAUCAAACAAAACUAUAAAGUACUUAU